AUAAUAAAUAUAGAUAGAAAAUUUAUGCAAACGUAUACGAUCGGAUAACUUUGACAAUAAAAAUAUAAAUAAGAUUUUAUAUAUGUCAAAUCGGAGAAAUUGAAAUAAAUAAGCAUACGUGCAUUUGUUGAAUUUUAUAUAAAUGGUCGAUAAGUCUCAAUUUGAUGAAAAAUCGAAUUUUCGUAUAUAUGACAACUUUUGAAGAAUUAUGUACAUAAUAUUAAUAUUAUAAUAAUAUAACUAACAGAUAUAUAUAUAUACUUAUUAUACGUAUAAUGAGCAAUAAAAUUGAAGAGACAUGUAAGACUUUGGAUCAAUGUAAUGGAUAUUCUUCGGAUAACAUUCAGAACCCUUCAGAUAACCAGCAUAUAUUUCAAAAUGCAUUCCCUAGCAAACUUGUAUUAGAUAAUUAUAACACGAUAUUAGAAGUAAAAAUAAAAAAAAAAACUUCUAAACCAGCUGAAAAAAUGGUCAGUAGUACAUAUAACCGUGAACAAAAUACCGAAGAAAGACAAAGAUCUAACGGAGAGCAUCGUCAAAAUUGGUUGCAAGAUUUACAGGAACAUACUCGACCUUAUUUAAAGAAAAAUUUGCAAAAUUUAUCUUCCAAAAAUCAACAUACGAAAAAAAUAUCUUCCUCUGAAUGUAAAGACAAUAAAAAACUUUCGACUCCUCAACAAAAAUUAAGAUAUAAAAGUAAUAGUUUUAAUAAACAGUUGGAUGAAGUACCAGUUAAACAGGUUCCUUUGCAAAAAAUAUCAAAAGAACAUGUGAAAAAAUCUCAACAAACGGGAUUUUCAUCAAGCAGCGCGUCUACAAAAUGUAUAAAAUGUACUAAAUCGGUUCUCGUUAUUGACGAAGAAGUUCAAUGUGGUGGAAUAUUUGAUUCCUCGUAUGAUAAAUAUAAUAGUCUUAAUCCUGUUCGAACAUUGGGAUUUUUAAUGAAAGAAUUAGAACGUUUAAUAAAAGAUGAGGAAUCCAGCAUAAUUCUCACGAAAAUGGAACAAAUGUUAAUUCGUAUACCAAUAGAAUUUACAAAGUCAACAACAACAACGGAUUUACAUGUAUUAACUCCUCAUACAAUACUUGAUGAAAAGACUGUGGAAAUAGAGAAAAUGUGUAAACAAGUGAAUACCGUAUGUGGAUCUUUACGCGAAGAACGAAAUGCUUUAAAACGGGAUGUUGAGAAACAUUCUAAGCUUCUAGAAGAAGCACAGCGCAAACAAUUAGACUCUGAUUCUACUAUAUCAAAAUUAAAAGAACAAUUAAACGAAGCAUUGAAGACAAUAGAAAGUAAAGAUGAAGUAAUAUCAGAAUUACAAACAAAAUUAACAGAAUUAAGAACAGAUUUGAAUAAACAAAUAGAGCUUACACGACAGAGUCAUUUAGAAUUACAAAAUGUAAUGCUGGAAAGGGACAAAUUGUCGGUUAUAAAUUCUCAUAAAGACUCACAAUUUAACGAAUAUCAUCAUAAUGUCAUGAAGGAAUUCCAAAAUGAAAUAAAAGAUUGGUUAGAUUUGUUUAAAGAAGCUAUUAUCAAAGAAAAAAAUGCAAACUUACAUGGUUCAUUAGUACAACAUGGAUUUUCUUGUUCUUCACCUUCUCCAACAUCUUCCGAUCGAUCUAAUAUUCCUACAUCCUGGAAUGGUUCAUUGGAAGUGUCUGUAUCUUUAAUAGAUGAUAAGAAAAAAAAGGCAACAUCUAAAAAGGGCAACUUAUUAAUUCCAUCUUACAGUAGAAUAACAGAACAAGAUACGGCAGAAACUAUAAUGGAAGAGAUUAAUGAAUCAAAGAAUAAUAGGGACUCUUCACAAUUAGAAUUUAUUAGUUUACCUCCUGGGGAAUCAACUUCAUUUCGAUCUUAUAAAGAUCAAGAAUGUUUAGAUGAAAGUGGUAUCAAUAAAGAUAAAGAUUAUUUGUUUCCGUCCAAAUCUAAAUUAUCUGAUUGUGUUCAACAAUUUGUUGAUGCUGAUUCUACAAAAUCUAGUGUUCCGUGUAUUAAUGAAAAUGACAAUGAAAACAAAACAUAUAAAAAACAUUUGUCCAAAAUUCGAAAAACAUUACAAUUCGAUAAUAAGAACAAAAAUCAUGAUAAUGAAAGUAUAGAAGAUAGUUGUACAUUUAGAGAAACUAACGUAUCAGGUGAUAUAAUAACUUCCAAUAUAAGUGAACGAUUUGAAGCUAUGUUCGAUGAAGUUCGACGUAAGCCUAGAAUUUCUGUCAAUGUACCAAGUCCACCACGAAAUUAUCCUCAUCCGGAUUGGACCGAUAGUACUUUACCUAGUAGUGUUAGUGUCGAUUCCGAAUUAAAUAUUGAUCAGCCUAAUAUUAUUUGAUCUUGUAUUUUUAUAUUUUGUCUCUAUUUUAUAUAUAUAUAUAUACCUCUUUAUAUUUUUAUAUCAAAACUAAACUGAACUAAUAUUUCUUAUUUAUAACAUUUUCAUCUCUGAAAUGAGAAUAUACCCCCCUAUAAGGUUGUGUAGAUAUAUAUAUAUAUAAUAUGAUAUAUGA